ACCUCCCGAUACAGGAAUUCCGUAAACUACUAUAUAAAUCAGUCGACAUUCAGCUGGACCUACAAGCCAAGAAUAUUACCAUUACAGAUUUCAUCAUGAAGCAGAUUUUGGCCUUAGCUUUCCUGGUGUGUGGCGCAUGCGCUCUUACCGUACAUGAGGCUAAACAAUUCCACAACAGUGGACAAUAUGGGGGAACCGUGGGAUACAAAGAUAACGGUGAUGGCACUGUUACUUUGACAUCGAACGGUCUCCCAGACCAUCCUUUUGAAAGGGUGAACCCCAACCAUCCAGAAACUCGCAGCGACGUGUACACUCUCCCCAAAAACCCUACGUUUGCUCACAGUACCGGAUGUUUGGCCAUGGGACCUAUCGGAAUGACGAUUACAGGUUCUAUGAUCUACGAUCCUCUGGAUGCUGAUGGAGAGAACGCCGUGGAGGGUUCCGGACGAGAACGGUUUGACCACUACGGAGGACAUACCGACAAUCACGGGAUAUACCAUUAUCAUAAGAUUCCGGGUACCUGGUUAUACACUGGCGAGGCUGACGAGCUUCUUGGAGUCGCAUUUGAUGGAUUCCCAAUCUAUGGGCCAAUGGCGUCGGACCUCGGGCGUGAGGUUACAAAUAAAGAACUUGAUGAAUGCCACGGCCGAAUGGUGAAUGGAAAGUACAGAUACCAUGCCAACACGGAGUUCCCUUACUACCUCGGCUGUUACAAGGGAAAUCCGACACACGCCAACCACGUCCGUACACAACACGGCAUCUGUACUAGCACUUCCUCUCUACCAGAGUAUGGUUACGUUUGCGCAUGCCCGAAAGGUAAUCACCCUCCACCCGCGGGAGCAUCCGGUAACCACCACCAUCACAUGGGAGGACUGUUUGGUAGAUAGGUUUGGAAAAUAUCAUACUGGACCGCUAGCGGAUGAAGAUUUCAUGUUUUGAGACCAGUUAGUAAUUAUUGAAUUCUUUGUUUGCGUAUGACUUCGUGGAGAAGCAGGUUCGCUAUUCUUACGAUUAUAAAAUCGAUAUCAAGGAAA